CAGACGGCGGACGGCGGCCGCGGCGCACUCGCCCUCCUCGAGCUUUCCCCGGAGACGCCUCCCUUUACAAGCGCCCCGAGCCUGAAGGCGCUGCCACGGCGAGGAGGCACCGAUAAGGGAGCAGGACGCGCCGCUGCGGCGCCGGGAGGGAAUUCCGGGAAUCCCGGCGGGAAUUGUUCCGGGAAUUCCCCGGGAAUCGUUCCGGAACCGCGGCGGGGGAGGAUGAAGCUGCUGGAGAACUCCAGCUUCGAGGCCAUCAACUCCCAGCUGACCGUGGAGACCGGCGACGCGCACAUCAUCGGCAGGAUCGAGAGCUACUCGUGCAAGCUGGCCGGCAUCGACAAGCAGCUCUUCAAGCAGUUCUGCCACGAGGGACAGCCCCACGCGCUCGAGGCCCUGUCCCCGCCCCAGAGCUCCGGCCUCAGCCCCGGCAGGCAGGGCGAGGGCCCGCUCAGCGACACGUGCAGCCGCAAGACGCUGUUCUACCUGAUCGCCACCCUGAACGAGGCCUUCCGGCCCGACUACGACUUCAGCGCCGCCAAGAGCCACGAGUUCAGCCGCGAGCCCAGCCUCAACUGGGUGGUGAAUGCUGUGAACUGCAGCCUCUUCUCGGCCGUGCGUGAGGAUUUCAAGGCGCUGAAGCCGCUGCUGUGGGACGCGGUGGAUGAGGAGAUCUGCCUGGCCGAGUGUGACAUCUACAGCUACAACCCGGACCUGGACUCGGAUCCCUUCGGGGAGGACGGGAGCCUCUGGUCCUUCAAUUACUUCUUCUACAACAAGAGGCUCAAGAGGAUCGUCUUCUUCACCUGCCGCUCCAUCAGUGGCUACGCCUACACCCGGCCGGACACCGGGACCGAGCUGGACAUGGAGCUGGGCGAGGGCGACGCCGGGAAGGGCGACAGCGGCGACCCCGAGGGCGGCGAGGGCGGCGCCAUCGAGGAGGACAGGCUGCAGGUGAUGUGCAUGUGAGAUUCCCGGCGGGAUCCGAGACACCGGGAACGGAACCGGCAACGGAACCGGCAACGGGACUGGAAAUGGACUGGGAACCGAACCAGCACCAGGACUGGGAACCGAACCAGCACCGGGACUGGGAACCGAACCAGCACCAGGACUGGAACCAGCACCAGGAAUGUGACUGGGAAUGGAACCAGGACUGGGAACCGAACCAGCACCAGGACUGGGAACCGAACCAGCACUGGGAAUGGGACUGGGAAUGGAACCAGGACUGGGAACCGAACCAGCACCGGGACUGGGAACCGAACCAGCACCGGGAA